GUCUUUUAAACUAAUGUUGUUAUGCUGUCUGUGUGCUAGGGCUGUGUUAGGAGAAAGGUACGUGUUUAUAUACACAUACACACACAAUCACUCGCAAACCUUCGAUUAGCAAGGCUGGCUUGCUGGCUGCGUACGGUGAAGAAAGAAGCUCAACAAUAACAUUCCAUUGGCAGAUGGCGUGUUUUGAGAAAAAGUGCAUCAUUGUUACAGCGGUCCUUCUCACUUGCUGGUUGACAACUGCCAGCUCGCUCAGAUUCCUUUACGGAGAAAUCGGACGGUCGUUUGAGAUGCGUUGUCUGCCUGUGAGCGCGGCGAGAAUUCGCUACGACGUUGUUGCGUGGCGCCUGAACGGCUCAGCGAUGGACAAUAGCUCUGACGUUUUCACACAGAGCACGCUCCUGAGAUUAAAGAAAGUCGCUCUCUCGAAUCGAGGAGAGUACUCGUGCCACGAUGCCAGCACGGGCCGCGAGUUGGACCGUAUUGCUUUCAAGCCAGGAUAUCCUCCACAUUCGAUAAACGUCACCUGCAGGAGCAAAGAUUACUUGGAUUGCCUCUGUACCUUCCAUUUAAACAGAGAAACUUUCCUGCCCACCAAUUACACUGCCGUGUACGGGGACAAAUCAUUCAAAGAUUGUCUCACAGAAAGUAAAGACAGCUGUCUUAUACGAAAUGUAUAUUUGUUUACUGUUGAGAUUUUCACACUCACAGUAACUGCAGUCAACGACCUUGGAUCCACAAAUAAUACCGCCACCUACACGGAUAACAUCGUUCAGCCGGAUCCUCCAGAGAACGUGACGGCACACCGUGUGAAGAAUGCCAAAAGCAGCAUUAUUGUCACUUGGAAGGAGCCUUCCACGUGGAAUACUGUCAUGCAACUCAAGUAUGAAAUGGACUACAAGCCGAAUCAAACAUCAAGCUGGCAAACGGUGGAAUUGAACGAGAAUAAUUUCACCAUCACUGACGCUCAUCAAGGGGGGGAGCCGUACGUGGUGCGUGUGCAUUGCCACGAUGUCUUUGUGGGCAGGUGGAGUGAGUGGAGCCCCCAAGUCUACGUAGGGACACAGCAGGUGUUUGGCGUUCUUGGCUCGGAGGUCACCUUGAAGUGUGGGUUUCCUGAAGAUACAAUGGGUGGCCAAUUUGUGUGGACAUUGAAUGGCUCUGGACUCACGCCCAACAGCGACGUCACUCUCCGGCAGAACCGCCUCACGCUCAACAAUGCCAGUGCCCAGUACGCAGGGUCCUACUCCUGUUCCCCUGCCGGCACGAAUGAUGUUGUAGACUACAUUCUGCUCAACCUCGGAUCAAUGCCAAAAACAGCAACAAUACAAUGCAGAGCAGUGAAUUACAAUCAUUUUAAGUGUGUGUGGAGUAAUGAGAACAACAUAAACUUCAAGGCCCAGUACCGGUUCGUGGGCAAUGACACGGUUGUAGAGUGCACAUUGCUCGGUGGUGGCAAUGUGUGCAUCGGCGCAUGGCCAGGAAGUCCAUCACCCACUCUUGAGUUGCAUGUGUCAGCCUCAAAUUCCUUUGGCGUCACAAAUUCAUCCGUUCAGCUCCAAUUAAAAACCGUCCUGAGACCUGAGCAUCCAGUGGUAUUGCGGAGCUGCCCAUCAGAUCUGGCACCACGUCCAUCCAGCCCUUCAGUGUGCGUGCGCUGGGCUGCACCAGCCUCCUGGCGACUGCCAGAGGUCUUCCCCCUGCAAUAUCGACUAAGGUUCAACGUCAGCCAUGUGGUAGAAGUCUCGGGCUAUAACACGUACAGCUAUACCUUGACUUGUGUGGCACCAUGCAUUCAAUAUGCUAUUCAAGUGGCAGCAAGGGAUGCUGCCAAUAAUGGGGAGUGGAGCGAAUGGAGUCAGCCCAUCACCCUCCCAUGUAACCAGGCCACUUCAGUUUCUGAAUUACAAUUCAUCAUCUUGGCGUUUGUGGCGAGUCUUUUGGGACUGGAGUUCUGCUGAGCCAAACCAAACUGGCACUUCGAGCAAGCGAGGUGGACCGCAUCAAUGCCACCAAGGACAUCCCCUUGUCCAUCCAGGAAGGUGGCGACUUUGGCCCUGCAUAUUAAUUCACCGAGACUGUUUUAAUUCUACAACACGCACGCGCGCACACAGAUACACAAAGGCGCGUGCACUGCGUGCACAAAAGCUCUCAGCCUUAUUCAUAUCAUGAUUGUAUAUCUGUUGCCAGAACAAUUUACGGUGUGGGGAAACACACACAUGCAAUUGAAUUGAUGGAUCAUGUAUUGAAUCACCAUGUAAACAACACCCACUUGCAAGCUGUCAGAGGGAGAUGUGACAAGUGUCUGACCUAUACGCAGUUUGAGUAGUCGACCCUCAUGCACAGGCUUUCUGUAGGUACUCGUUAUCUCUCAGUUGCAAGCGAGACAAAACAAAUGCAAAACCUAUACUUUUCAAGCAUAACCUUCACGAAAAAAAUAUCUUAACAUUUACACUCCAAUGAUGACUGCUCUUAUGCCAUCUUGCGUUUGUAAAAAUGUGUUUGUUUAUAUCUAAGAAAGGUUCUUAUAAGCUGUACUGUGUAAUGACAAAUCCAUAUUAAAUACCAAAACACCAUAUUAAUAUUCAAGAUGUAAAUAAUAUUUUGUACCAUGGUCUAAUAUGAACAAAUGUAACGCUGCAGGUACUUGUACAAAUGUUUUCCUUGACUGUGAUGAAAGUGGAACGAGGAUGCUACAUAGUGCCACUACUCUUAUGAUACACACCAACACUAUUCCUGGCUGUGCAUUUGAAUAAUUACAUAGUAGAUGCAUUAUCAAUGGUUGCAACAUUUCUGCAGAGCUGUAAACACUGGAAAACGUUAUACUCGUGGAAUAAAAAAAUCAGAAAAAAAUCACUGCCUUUAUUAACUCAUUUUCAAAGUUCAAUGUAAAGAACACAAAGUGGAGAAACAUUGGAUAGUGUUUCAUCAUGAACUCACAUCAGGUAUAACCAAUAGAGCAUAUGGUUAAUCAAACAGUAUUCAAUUGAAAAUAAUGAGCCUGAUGGCCAGAGCAAGGACACUUACAACUCCUGACACAAUGCAUAUUUAAUAAUUUCAAAUGGUUUCUGGUCAAGUGGUUCCCAGUAAACAUACGAUGGAUCAACUCUGGCAUGUGGAUGGAACCGUAGGACCAACGUUGGCCCCGCAUUGGUCCAAAGUUAAAUGUUCAUUGGGUUACCAAUUAUCUACAGUCACCAAAUAGAGUUAAUGUUUCCAUGCCAUUAGCACAUUGCACAUAACAGUGCAAGUAGCUUUCAUGAGGAGUUUUUUGUUGUUGUUGAUCAAGGUACCCACUCACCAGUGGUUGGGUUGACACAGAUGCUGCCACAGCUGAGUGUGUAAGUGAUAAAGAGAUGUACCCCCCCCCCCCCAUGUUUGCCAAAUAUGGAAAA